GAGGUAAAUAAUUGAAUGACUAAAAACCAACCUGUUUAUCUUCUGUUGUAUGCAUUGAACUUGUCCAAGUGGCAGUUUGAAAUAGCGCUCCUCCCAACCCAACACUGGUUAAUUGGAUGUAACUCUACAGAUAAGAUCUAUGUUUCGCGUGUAUAUUUGGUGGUGUUAAAUGUGAUGUCUCUGAUCAAAUCAAAGCACAAAAUAGGUGCUGGCUUCUGCACAUGAAAAAGUGUGUGGACUAAUAAAGAGAGUUAUCUCCCUUCAAACACCAAUCGAACCUGUGAUAAUAGGUUUCUUAAUGAUUGAAUCAAUUAAAAAAUUUAAAUAUUAUAAAUAUGUUUAAGAAUGCGGGGUCUGCUGAGAUCUUGCGAUCACAGCAGAAAGAUGAACAAUAUUUGACAUUCCUGAGAUCUACGAUAGCAGACAAUUGCCAAACGCUAGCAGGCGCUAGAUUUUGGAUAAAAUGGAGGAAAGAACUGGAUGUUUUAUCAGAUUUGGGAUAUUUCAUAUUAACCACGUUAGCAGGAUAUCAAACAAUAGGGGAAGAAUAUGUCAACAUUGUCCAAGUGGAUUCUUCUAAACGACGUCUGCCGACAUUAGGGAGACGAUUAUUAAUGGUGAUAUUGUAUGUCAGCAGUCCGUAUCUUCUACAAAAGACGUUGAAGAACGUAGAAAAAUGUUUGGAGAGAUCAAGACAGCAAUCAGUUGAAUUUAAACAAGCUCUGCUCAACACCAUUCCCUUUAUCAGAAAUGUAUUUCUAUACCUACAUCGAUUACAUUUAGGUAUAUUUUAUCUGCAUGGUGCCUUUUAUCAUCUCGCUAAACGCCUUACUGGAGUGACAUAUAUUCAAUACCUAAGCAAAUCAUCGGGGUCUGGAUCAUCCACAACAUUUAAACUUCUAGGCUGGUUAUCAUUGUGUCAGUUAGGACUGACUAUUUCAUUACAGUUGUACAAGUUGUAUAUAUCUUCAUCAAACAAUCAUUCUAUAAACAUGUUACCAAGGUCAUCAUCCUCCUGUCAACCAGUUCCAGUCAAUAAAAUAUGUUCUUUGUGUUUAGAAGUUCGACUAAACCCAACAUUGACACCAUGUGGUCAUUUGUUUUGUUGGAAUUGUAUUCAUUCGUGGUGUCAAACAAAGCCUGAAUGCCCGCUAUGCCGAUAUAAGUUUCUACCUCAUCGACUUGUCUUCUUAAAAAAUAUAGACGCACCACUACACUUAUCAACUGUUUAAAUAAAAACGUUUUUCCAAUUUUA